AUGUCUACUAGAGAGAAGGAAGCAGAUUUGACUAAAGCAGAGGACAGUGUGCCAAGCCACCUGGAGUUGGAAGAUGAAAAGCAUGGGCCUCACAUUGAUGAUGACACCCAUAAGCCUGAAGACAAACCAUUACUGAGCCAUGAAGAAUCAUUUCUUUACCAGGAAGAUGUUCUUCAAGAGACUAGGGUCAACAAUCCUGAGGAUAAAGACUUGCAGAAUGUACCCAUCAAGAAAGAAGAUGAAGGCAGAGACAGUGACAGUGACACUGAUGAUAAUGUGAAGGUCACAAUUGGCAACAUAAACACAGGCCCCUCAAUUUAUAUGUGCGUGACUUUAAGCUUACUUGGGCUGGGGGACAUCCGGGGAGGAGAAAGACAGUAA